AUGAAUUCGUUAUCUCAUAUUAUAGAUCCAGAAGGUGAAGUCAUCAUAACACUGCGCAAUGCGAACAGUCCCUUUGCCAAACCGACGCGAGAUACAUGGAUCCAUCAAUGGCUUGAAUCCUCUCAAACAUCGUCUAGCAAAUCCAUCCCGCUGUCGAGGCUAUCGUUGCUGAAGAGCCCCACUAUCGAGGCUACCGUUGCUGAAGAGUCUGUUGCCGAAGGCCAUUUGGGUCAAAAUUGCUCGCGUAUUCAAGUCUCUGCGAAACAUUUGAUGUUUGCCUCUCCAUUCUUCAAGAGGCUGCUUACUGGAGGCUGGAAAGAAAGCGUUGCAUACUUCCAGAAGGGUUCAGUUGAGAUUACCGCGGAAAGCUGGGAUGUUGAAGCGCUCAUGAUAAUGCUUGCGAAGAUUGCUGCUAUUGCAGACUAUUACGAAUGCCGGGAAGCACUGGACUUUCUGGCGGAGCUGUGGAUCGAGAAAAUGGAAGAGGAGACUCCGUCGGUAGCUUCGAGGGAUUUGAUUUUAUGGUUGUGGGUCUCUUGGGUUAUCCAACUCCCUACCCAAUUCAAGUUAUCCACAUCGAUCGCUAGCUCGCAGAGCGAUGGUUUUAUUGAUAAUUUGGGACUGUCAAUUCCGGAGGAUGUCAUAGUUUCGAUCAAUAGACGCAGAGAGGAGGCUAUCGAGAGGUUGAUAGACCUUAUCGAUUAUACACGCAGACAGUAUCUACUCGGCGCGCGCGGCUGUCGCCUCGAAUGUCGCUCAAUUAUGUACGGUGCUUUGACCAUCCAGUCAAAGGAUCUACUUCUGCCGCAUCGCGAGUUCCCUUUCCCGAACGUCAGUUACAGGUCUCUCGUACAGAAAAUGACAAACUUCCGAUCACUCGAAUGGUAUGAUUCACCCUCAAAAUGUAUAAACAAACACAGCUGCCCUGGAUCCUCCUUCGCAUCCACAUUCGGGGCCCUAGAUGGUUUUCUUGAGGGGCUGGAGCUGGAGCAAUUCAAUGCCCUCUGA